UUCUAACAACAGCGUUCAACAUUUAAUUGCAUAAUUUAUUUCUUUGAUACAAAUAUAAAGUCAAUCGUCUGCGAUACUCACGCACCCAUCUGCUCGGCGGUGCAUCCGUGUUUGUUUUGGAGCAGGGGUGGGGGCUGGGGACAGGAAAAAACAGGGCGAAGUCUGCAAUUACGCGCUAAUGUCAGGGAUAGACUCGGAGAUUGUUUUUCGAAGUAAGGAGUGCCUUUAGAAGGUUAUUUGGAAUAAAGUCUUUUGAACGGAAACGCGUUUCCGUGUUAAUUCCUAUGAGUUUUUUUUUUUUCAAAGAGGGAGUUAAGGCGAAGAAAGGAAAAUAGAAAAGGAAAACAAGAAAGUUGUCUGUGCGCGCUUCUCAUAGUGGAACAGCGUGGAGCAGAAAGCUACAUUACCGCCUGUUUUUACACUUUUCCACUAGGGCAAAUGCCAGCGCACAGGUGCUGAAGCAUGGAUACAGUGGAUAUCGAGGAGGAGGACCCGUUCCCGGUCCAGCGCGACGAGCUGGACGCGGAGACGGGCGGGGAGGAGCGCGGCAGGGACCGCGGUAACUGCUGCGACCGGUUCCAGCACACCAUCUCCCGGUGGAUGCUCCCGGAGCACAACAGAGACCGCUACCUGGAGCGGGCCAACUGCUGCCCCCCUCCCAUCUUCAUCAUCCUCAUCAGCCUUGGGGAGCUGGCAGUGUUCAUCUACUACGCGGUGUGGAAGCCGCAGAAGCAGUGGGUGACCCUGGGGGAGGGCAUCUGGAAUAGUCCCCUCUCCUACAAACCAGACAAGCGGGAGGAGGCCUGGCGCUUCCUCUCCUACAUGUUCGUACACGCUGGGGUGCAGCACAUUUUGGGAAACCUGGUGAUGCAGCUGGUGCUGGGCAUUCCUCUGGAGCUGGUGCACAAGGGCUUUGAAGUGGGCAUGGUCUACCUGUCAGGGGUCUUAGCAGGCUCCUUGGCCAGCUCCAUCUUUGACCCGAUGAACGCCCUGGUUGGGGCCUCUGGGGGCGUGUACGCCCUGAUGGGGGGGUACUUCAUGAACGCCAUCGUGAACUUCCGUGAGAUGAUUCCUCUGCUCGGAGUCUUCCGGAUCCUGCUGAUCGUGGCCAUCGUCGGAGUGGAUAUGGGCUUUGCCCUCUACAGAAGAUUUCUCACUCAAGAAGCUGGGUUAAAGGUGUCCUUCGUGGCCCACAUCGGGGGAAUCAUGGCAGGGAUGACCGUUGGCUACGUCUUUUUCAGCAACUACAACCAAAAGCUCCUGAAGGAUCCCCGCUUCUGGAUGUGCAUCGUUGGCUACAUCAUCUUCGUCAUUUUCGCUGUCUUCUUCAACAUCUUUCUGUCCCCAGCGCCAUGACAGUGUGGGCUCAAAGCCUUUUAGUUGUCUUUAAUUGUGAACUGUUAGGACUACACUGACACACACAACACUGAAUAAGAAUUGGUAAGCGUUUAUAGUGCCAUCAUGAGAGGUGGUACAUCAGAAUGCUUCCAGAACGCUCUCAAGAACCCUAAGACCAUUCUCAGCAUGGCCACAGAUGGCUGAGUUCCCUAGAAAGACAGUUAGCCUUGUGAAGCCUCAUGAAUCUCGUGGAAAGCAGUCUUUCAGAGUUAAUACGCACAACACAGACUUAGCUUUAACAUAGCAGUGUGUGUUGAGGCUGUUUUUAUUGGUAAAUUUAUUUUUUAAAAUGGAAUAAUACUUCUUAUAUUUCUUUCUAUUGAAAUGUUAACUUACCUCACCAUUUAUUUGGUGCUACGGGUAAAGGCCAAAUGUUUACAGGCAUGUGUUAUUGUACUGUUGAACAGAGCGGUGAGCCGUCCGCUCACAUUGUCGGCAGCAAUCCUGGUCAUAAUGUGUAGAGAUGGGAGACAAAGUCUUCAGGAACUCCUUUAUGGGCGGAGCCAACUUGUGCCGUCAGUAACUCACUGAUCUUGUGGAGAACAAUGUCCUCUGAUUGGUUCAUAUAAGUGAUUGACAAAUGGUGGCCCCACCCAUUUCGGGCUUCAUGAAGCCUCACUCUCCCAUCUUCUAUUUGUCCAUCCUUUUCAGUGGUCUGCUGGACACAGCAACAUUAAAGUCUUUAUGUGUCUGAAAACAUGUCCUUAGUCAAAUGUAGCUCUGUAGAAGGUGAGGCAUCUACGUGUGUGUCUGCUUCAUUGUUCUGUGUCCAGGAGUAUGUAUGUGUAUAUAUAUGUGUC